AUGAAAAUUUCACUGAUCUUUAUCGCCGUUUUGUUCGCUAUCAUUGCUGUUACUCUUGCUGAACCAGAACCAGAGCCAGAAGCACAAAUGCUCAGUGGCUUGUUCAAUAUGGGAUCAUCUUCAUUAGGCUCAAGUCCAUCAGGCUCAAGUUCAUCGGGCUCAUCGGGCUCAUCGAACAAAGUGACCGUUAAGCGUUGCCGAUGCAGGCGCAAGAAGUGCCCAACAAUGUUGGCUAGCAGCUGCAGCUGUAAAAAGACCACAAAUAGCUGCCCAAACGUUUGCCAUCCAGGAUCAGGCGGUAAUAACGGCAGCUCAGGCGGCAACUCAGGCGGCAACUCAGGCGGCAAUUCAGGCGGCAACUCAGGCUGUAAUAACGGCAACUCAGGCUGUAAUGGUAAUAACGGUGGCAACUCAGGUGGUAAUGGUAAUAACGGUGGCAACUCAGGUGGUAAUGGUAAUAACGGUGGCAACUCAGGCGGUAGUGGUAAUAACGGUGGCAACUCAGGCGGUAGUGGUAAUAACGGUGGCAGCUCAGGCGGUAAUGGUAAUAACGGUGGCAACUCAGGUGGUAAUGGUAAUAACGGUGGCAGCUCAGGCGGUAAUGGUAAUAACGGUGGCAACUCAGGUGGUAAUGGUAAUAACGGUGGCAGCUCAGGUGGUAACAGUGGUGGUAAUGGAGGCAGUACCACAUCAUCGACGUCAUCGACAGCAAGCACAAGCUCAACGAGUGCAAAUUCGGGUGGCGGUAGCGGUGGUUCAACCACAUCAUCGACCUCUUCGACUUAA